AACGAAAAAAAAAACCAAAUGUCAGUGCACAGGCUCUCACUUCUCAGUUCUCCUGCUAAGACACAUUUAUCUAUUUAAACCAGAAAUUUUUAUUCUAAGAUGUAUGUAAUAUUCGUAGUAACAAUAAUUUGUUUCUUGAUGGCAUUUGUGUCUACCAUCACCAAACCGAUAUUCUGUUUAUUUUUCCGCGAUGCUGCGGAAAUUCGCAUCCUUCGAGCGGAAGUGGAUCUGCUGAGACGCGAGCUGACGAGAAUCUCCAUGCGGGACGAAUACAUACGCUACGUAAAGGUGGAGCGUAAACUGGUGACCGCGGAAGCCGAGUUAAAUGAGUCGAAAAAUCGUGAUGCCGGCCGACGGAAAGUGUACGAGCUUGUUGUGCGGUACGGUCUGUACGCGAUACUGGCACUUGCACUGGUGAUGAUAUCUAUCGCCUAUCGCUAUAAGCCGAUUGUUGUUUUCGGGGAGAGCUUCAAGUUUGAGCCGUUCGGUAGGGUACUAAAUUUUCCGACCGGAGUGCCGAAUGGGAUUUCCACUGUUUUCUGGAUUGCUGUUAAUAAUUUUGUUGCACGAACCUUAGCAUCUUAUGUGAAAUAAAUAGUAAUUAAAAAUCCUAU